UAUGUUCAUAGCCAAACACCCAACAAGGAGUUGUUCAAAACACAUUCUCUCAUAAGAAGAAGGAAAAAAAAACUUAUCAAUACCUUUCCCACUUGUUUCUUCUCUCCCUUCAUUCCCCACUUCAAAAUCUUUCCCAUCUUAAAGGAUAUGGAGAUUCAUUUCCAGCAGAAUGAUACUACAAGUGCUCCAAUGGUGAGCAAAACAAGCAAAGGCAGGGGAAGAAGCAGAGUUAUGAACUGCAACACUGACAGCAAUAACAAGUUUGUUGGAGUCAGGCAGAGGCCAUCAGGGAGAUGGGUGGCUGAGAUAAAGGACACAACUAAGAAGAUCAGGAUGUGGCUAGGCACAUUCGAGACAGCCGAGGAAGCUGCAAGAGCUUACGACGAGGCUGCCACCCUUCUCCGUGGCUCCAAUACUCGUACCAAUUUCAUCACUCAUGUCUCCUUUGACUCCCCACUUGCUUCCAGGAUCAGAAACCUGCUGGAAAAGAAGAAAUCCAAGAAGCUUCAGGCGCAAGAAAGUCCUCUUCUUCCUCAAUUACCAACCACCAUCCCCACCAAACCCUUACCACCUACAACAACAAGAGUCCAUGCUAGCAUUAGCCCUAGCUGCAGCACCAGCAGCAUAACAAGCAGCAGCUGCUGCAGCAUGAGUGAUGACAAUUCGAGCAGUAGCGAGGCAGUGAUUCCUGAUACGAGGUUGUUUGAUGACGUGUACAAGCCCGAUUUGAGCACCUGCAAUGGGGGGUUGCAUGUUGAUUCGACUUCUCCUUCUGAUCUAAUGUCAUGGAGCUUUGCCCCUGAUCAUCACAACGGAUAUGAUCACAGCAGGUUCCAAUUUACAGCUUCCAAUGAAAUUGAUUUGGAGUUUCCCAGGAACCAGAACUGCAGCAGUACAGCAGCAGCAGCAUUUGGGACAAGUGAUCAUGAGCAGCUGCAGUUCUCCGAAUUCGAUCGGAUGAAAGUGGAGAGACAGAUUUCAGCCUCUUUAUAUGCAAUUAGUGGUGUUCAUGAGUACAUGGAAACUAUGAGAGACCCAAGUGAUGGUUUAUGGGAUCUCCCUCCAUUGUUCUGCUAAGUCUUUUCUUCAUUAUUCAUCUUUAAAAUCAGGGGGGGGAAAAAUGCCCCAACCUUUCUUUUCUUUUUUCAUGUUCCAUACUUGAGAGUGUGACCCGGAAGAUGGAGUUUUUAUUAACUGUUCUUUUCCUGCUGCUGUUUAUCCUAGAAAGUGUCGACAGCAAAGAGCUACCUAAUGGGAGCAGCAUACUGCACCAUCUGGUGUUUAAUACAAAUAUAAUUUGCCCAAAUUGUAUGUUCUGACGGAAUGGAAAUGCUAAGCAAUCAAAAUCAUUCACAUUAUAUUAGUACCUCUUGAUUUAUUAAUCAACUUAUUUGUGAACAAAUAGUAAAAGAGUUUCUGAAGCAGCUGCAAUUCAGUGAGGAAAAUGACGCAAGAAGGGACAAAUUCCCUUUUUUUUAAUCUUCAAUGAAAGCGAAAGCCAUUA